AUGGAAGAGGCUGGGGUGAGGCCCUCGGUGUUCGUGGUGGACGGACAGACCGACGUCCCUUUCCGGAGACUCGGGCCCAGGAAAGACCGCUGCAACGCCACCCGGCUGGGCCUGGGCCUCCUGCUGCUGCUGCUGGUGGCCGGGCUGGUCAUUCAGGGCUCCUUCUUGCUCCAGCUGCACUGGCGGAUGGAAGAAAUGGUGAGUGAGGGGCCCCGGCAGGCCGGAAGGUGGGAGGAGAACUUGCAGGAGCGGAACUCUGCGGAGGAGAAACCAGUGGCACACCUUACAGGUUCCAACUUCAGCCUUCCAGACGACCAAAGCCCCCUGCUGUGGGAGACGCGGUUCGGGAUGGCCUUCAUACGCGGCUUCCGAUACCAGGACGGUGCCCUGAUCAUCUGCAGGGCGGGCUACUAUUACAUCUACUCCAAGGUGCAGCUGGCCAACCCGGGCUGCCCCGAAGGGGACUAUUCCUACGCCCUGGGCCUCUACUUGCGCACGCCUCGCUACCCCGAGGAGCUGAAGAUCCUGACCGGGAGGACCACGCCGUGUGAGAUGGAGAGCAAGGAACAGGUGUGGUUUGACACCAGCUUCCUGGGGGGUUUGGUCUACCUGGAGCCCCAGGACCAGGUGGUGGUACGGAUGCUGGACUCCAACUUGAUCCUCGUCCGGGAUGAGAUGCAGUCCUACUUCGGCGCCUUCAUGGUGUGA